UGGUAAGGAGAGUAUUCUUCCGCCAAAUUUCCGUCACCUAAACACGAGUAAAUUUGAUAACAAACACAGAAUAGUUUUAAAUUGGGAGAGAUGGCUAAAAAUGUUGACAAAGCCAUGAUGAAGAGAUUUGUGCACAGGGUUUUCAGGAAAAGCGAUAACAUAGGGAGCCUAACAGUCAAAUCGUUGCGUAUGGAAUUUCUUGAACACGUGGGACUGGAGAAACUGGACGAUGAUCAAAGGGAAGUCUUUAAGAAGACUGUGCAUGACGUCUAUAUAUUUUACAGUAACCAAAGUCAAGAGAAAAAUGGAGAUGAUAAGGAGUCAAGUGUGGAAGAUUCCCAGAGUGACACUAGUGAUGCCACAGCAUCCACCUCAUUCGUCAGUUCAAAUCAAAAGAAAAGAAAGCAUGGAACAGACAGCAACAAGGGAUCAUCUAAUGAGUAUCCUACAAAUUUAGGUGACAUACAUGAUGACAAAAUACUUGAUAACAAUAAUGAUUUGUCAGAAGAACAAUGCGAAGAACAAAGAGAAGCAAACAUAUCUGGAAAAGAAGCGAUGGACAAGGAAAAUAUAGAUCAAAUAAAAACUGUUUCAUGUGGAAAAAGUUCACAGAAGCAAAAUGGAAAGUCUGCACUGAAUAGAAUAAAAAGCAAGGACAAGGAAGAAACAAAGAGGUCUUCAUCUAAAAAGAGAAAAAUAUCCCAGGACAAUUACAUUGAUUCAGAAAUUGUUCACUUUGGUAUUAAUGAGGAAACGAGACAAGAUAAGAGUACACUUAAAAGGAAAAAGGUAUUAGAGGAAACUUUUCAGGAUUCAAAGGUAUCCAAUGAAACUGGUAAGGAUAGUGGGGUAGUAAGAAACAGCAAUAUAUCCAAAACGAAAGAGAUAUUGGAGGAGAGUGAUGAAGAUGAAGAAUCUAUGGAAUCUAACCAUGACAGUGAUGAUGAGAUAAAUAAAUGGACACAAGGAGCUGGAAAGAAAAAUGGUCCGAAAGCAGACCAAUGCAAAGUGAAGGGGGUGAGCUCAUACGAAAAGAAGAAAAAGUCAUCACCACCUUCUGCAGACAGUGUAAGACUGAAAAACUUUAAACGUUAUGUCCAAACCUGUGGACUGCGUAAAAACUAUGUUAAACUGUUUGCUGAAUGUAAUUCCAUGUCACAGAAGGAGAAAAUUUUAGAAAGAGUGCUACGAAAGGAUACUGGGUUUCAAGGGAGAAUAACGCUCGUCAUGUGUAAGGAGUUUAAGCAGGCCAAGGAGGAAGCAGAUGAAGUAGCUGAGCUUGAUUGUAGCAAUAUCAUCUCCACGGAUAGUGGACGGCGGCCAACCAGAAGUAGCCGUAUUAUAUCAGACCGCAAGCCAACUCACAGUACCAUCUCAAACUCAGACCCAAGCCCUAAACUAUUCAGCCGCCUUCAGGGAGUGGUUGAUAGUGAUGCCAGCAAUUCAGAGGACGAGCAGAAUGGAGGAAAGAACAAGCGAAAUACCUCUCCUUACAAGAAAAAUUGUCAAGGAAACUCCAGGAAGAGACUAAGAAUUGACAGUAGCUCAGAUGACGAUUGGGAAUAAGUCAUCCAAGCAUGGGCUACGAACAUUCUUUUACUCAAUUUUAUGUACAUACCACUGUUUAAUCAGUAACAUACACAGUGAAGGUGGCAAAGGGUUUAUACGUGAUGUGUGAUUAAGGCCAAAUUUAAUACAUGAUUCGUGAAUUUUACAGAAGGGCGAGCGUGAUUCGUGAAUUUAUGAACCAGCAUGAGGCGUGAUUCGCCUCCUGAGAUGUAGGUGAUGACCCUUGAAUCUCGUCUUCAUUUCGUGAAAACCUCGAGAUUUCCCAGAAACAUCGCACGAAACAAGAGAAAUUUGAAGUUUUCUCUUCGAUGUACGUGAUGCGCGAAUUUUGUAACAUUCCUGCGUGAAACGGAAUCAGUACUCCCCUUUGCUACCCUGUAUGAUGAAUACCAUUUUACUGCGCAUGACCAUAGAAACACGCGUUGUCCUAAUUGUAACUACGCAUAUUUUGAAAUUGAUACUUUUGAUAAGCUCGUUUAGAUUUUUCGACCUGAAUUUCUAUUAACACUACGCGGAUUUAAGCUUUUUAAUUGCUAUCGAAAAAAUCAGUGUCAAUCGCGGUCAUCUUCCCUGCAAAGUACUUUUUCGUUCAGGAGAAAAGCCUUUCAAUUGUACUGCCGAGUUUUUUUCAGUUGUAUUCCACUGCACUUCUUGUUUGUUAUAUACCCCGCGAGAAUCUUAUACCCCUUCCACGCCAGCAAAAUGUGUUUAGUUAAACCGCGUUUAAAUGAAUGAAAAGCAGAAACCGAAAUGAAAAACUGAAUUUUCCAUGGGGUUAAAGUAGUCACUAGCUUGUAUUUUCAAUGUGCUAAAUUGGAAGUCGACAAACAUUGGUCUAAGCAGCUCUGACGAAGAAAACAAUUUUAAACCGUGUUUGCCUGAAACAGCUUUAAAAUGUGUUAAAGCUUUGGUGUGAACUUGGUAUUAGACUGAUUCAGUCUGACUAUUUUACGAGUCGAAUAUACUUUUCCCUGUCUUUUCAGACGAACCUUGCUCCGCUAGUAUCAGGUCUGUUCAUCGAUUAACAAAUGAAGGAAAAAGUGUUUGACCUUCAUGUAGUCAGUGAGUAAGACUUUCUUGAGUUUUCUAGCAAGCAUCCGAAAUCGGAUGUAACCUUCGAAAAAUUGACAGAUAUUUGCAUAUUACUAGCAGUAGACUUUCCAUUGCUUUUAUGAUUCACCGUGUCUAUCGUUUUGGGUGUAAACUAGAUUGGUAUUCUCAGGCGUUACAUUUUCAAACUUUCGUCCCUUUGUUAAUCUCGUUAUUCUUAUAAGAUUUGACAUACGUUAUUACAGUGGUCUCCUUUGUCGUUUA